AUGAUCUACUUACAGUGUGCUACGCUGGCGUUUCUCAAGGAGCAGAGCAAUCAGAAGAAGGGGAUGAUUGAUGGAUCAGAAUUGAAUCACAGCUCUGAUGCAGCACCGAACACUAACGGCAAGCGCUUGUCGGACGGCUCUAUGGGUGCCGAGGAGGAUUGUGGGAAGGACGGCGAGCUGCAGGAGGCCAUGGACAGACAGAGUAAGGAGCUCCUGCACCUGAGGGAGCGUGUGGCGUCUCUCUGCGGCCGCGUCGCUGAGCUGGAGGAGGAUCUGGACACGGCCCGCCAAAGACCUCAUCAAGUCUGGAGGACAUCAGCAGCCGCCUGCAGAGAGACUUCACGAGAGUCUCUGGCUCAGAAGGAGGACAUGGAGGAGAGGAUCACCACGCUGGAGAAGCGCUACCUUGCAGCUCAGAGAGAAGCCACGUCUGUCCACGACCUCAACGAUAAACUGGAGAACGAGAUCGCCAACAAAGACUCGCUGGUCUGCCAGAUGGAGGAGAAGGUUCGUCAGCUGCAGGAGCGUCUGGAACUGGCGGCAGAGCUGCAGCAGACUCUGCGUAAGGCUGAAACGCUGCCGGAGGUGGAGGCCGAGCUGGCUCAGAGGUUGUGGCCCUCACUAAGCUCUCCCUCUGCGUGCAGUGUCUCUCAGGACAGUCGCUCACAGAUGAAGGCGGAGGAGCGUCAUGGGAGCGUGGAGGAGCGUCUCCGGCAGAUGGAGGCUCAGCUGGAGGAGAAGAACCAGGAGCUGCUCCGGGCCCGUCAGCGAGAGAAGAUGAGCGAAGAGCACAACAAGCGCCUGUCGGAGGCGGUGGACAAGCUGCUGUCCGAGUCCAACGAGAGGCUUCAGCUGCACCUGAAGGAGCGCAUGACGGCGCUGGAGGACAAGAACGCUCUGAUCCGGGAUCUGGAGCACACCAAGAAGCUGAUAGAAGAGGCUCAUCACGAGAAGGAGCAGCUGCUGAUCCAGAUCGAGACCAUGAGGACCGAACACGAGCGCGGUCGCAGCCGGAGCAACUCUCUGCUGCAUCAUGGGUAACUCCAGGGCAUACCGGUGUCUGUGUCGUCCAGCGAUGGACAGUCACUACAGCGGGCGCUGGUCCUCAGACGACCUCAGAAGGGCGCGCGUGUCUGCGCUCGAGACGAGCCCUCCAAGGUGCAGACGCUGGAUGAGCAGGAGUGGGACCGGUUGCAGCAGGCUAGUGUUCUGGCUAACGUGGCUCACGCGUUUGAGAGCGACAUGGACAUGUCAGACGUGGAGGACGACAGAGAGACGGUCUUCAGCUCCAUGGACCUGCUGUCUCCUGCUGGUCAGGCAGACGCUCAGACCCUUGCCCUGAUGCUGCAGGAGCAGCUGGACGCCAUUAACAACGAGAUACGGAUGAUCCAGGAGGAGAAGGAGAACACCGCUCUGAGAGCUGAGGAGAUCGAGAGCCGUGUGGGCAGCGGAGAGGAUCUGGGCGGCCGCUUCCGCUCCAUGACCUCCCUCCAGCCCUCCUUCCACAGCUCCUCUCCGCCCGGAUCCGGUCACUCCACGCCCCGCCGGCCCUCACACAGCCCCAGCCGCGAGCUGGACCGCAUGGGGGUCAUGACCCUGCCUAGCGAUUUGCGGAAGCAUCGUAGGAAGUGCGCACAAGAUGAUAAAGCCACGAUCAGAUGUGAGACGUCUCCUCCGUCCACACCGUCCUCCUCCAGACUCCAUAAAGGAGCCCUGCACACCUCCAGCCACGAGGACAUCCGGGACAUCCGGGGCGCCGGGCUGCAGGACGGAGCGGGCAGCAAUCCCAGCAGCAGCAACAGCAGUCAGGACUCGCUCAACAAAGGAGCCAAGAAGAAGAGCAUCAAGUCCUCCAUCGGACGACUGUUUGCCAAGAAAGAGAAGGGCCGGCCCAGUCCGGCGGGGAAAGAGUCUCCGGGGCCAGCGCUGGCAGGAACCCCUGACGGAGGAAGCUCUCAGGACACCAUGACGCUUGGAAAGCUAGGCGGCCCUGCAGAGAAGAACCGAAAACUGCAGAAAAACACAAAGUCAGGACACGAGCUGCUGGAGGAAGCCUGUCGUCAGGGUCUGCCCUUCGCUCAGUGGGACGGGCCCACGGUGGUGGUGUGGCUGGAGCUGUGGGUGGGGAUGCCAGCGUGGUACGUAGCGGCGUGUCGUGCUAACGUGAAGAGCGGAGCCAUCAUGUCUGCUCUGUCCGACACCGAGAUCCAGCGCGAGAUCGGCAUCAGUAACCCUCUCCACCGCCUCAAACUACGGCUGGCCAUCCAGGAGAUCAUGUCUCUGACCAGCCCGUCAGCGCCACCUACCUCCAGAACGUCUUCUGGGAAUGUCUGGCUCACGCACGAGGAGAUGGAGAGUCUGGCCGCCACGCCGCCCACGGAGGAUGAGGAGGGCAGCUGGGCCCAGACUCUGGCCUACGGAGACAUGAACCACGAGUGGAUCGGGAACGACUGGCUGCCCGGCCUCGGCUUACCUCAGUACCGCAGCUACUUCAUGGAGUCGCUGGUGGACGCUCGUAUGCUGGAUCAUCUGACCAAAAAAGACCUGCGCAGUCAGCUCAAAAUGGUGGACAGCUUCCACAGGAACAGUUUUCAGUGUGGCGUGAUGUGUUUGAGACGACUGAACUACGACCGGAAAGAGCUGGAGCGCAGGAGAGACGAGGCCCAGGUGGAGGUCAAAGAUGUGCUGGUGUGGACAAACGAGCGUGUGGUCAGCUGGGUCCAGGCCAUCGGUCUGAAGGAGUAUGCGGGGAAUCUCCUGGAGAGCGGUGUUCACGGAGCGCUCCUCGCUCUGGACGAGUCCUUCGAUCACAACGCCCUGGCGCUGCUGCUGCAGAUCCCUACUCAGUGCACACAGGUGAGACCUCCUGCCCGGAGCGAGGCGGUGCUGGAGCACGAGUACGGCCGGCUGCUGGCCGCAGGAACGGAGCGGAGGCUGGAGGAGGACGACGACAAGAACUUCCGCCGCGCUCCGUCCUGGAGGAAGAAGUUCCGGCCCAAAGAUGUGCGCUCCGCCGACACACUGCCCGCCAGCUUCAGAGUGACCUCUGCAGAUGCACUGGCCAAGAGACCACAGCUGGACGGGAGUGUGAGUGUACAGCGUCUGGACUCUGCUGCGGUCAGAACAUACUCCUGCUGAUGAGGGUCAGGCUCGGCGGAGGACGAGGACUCUCCGGUUUCAGAAGUCUGGAUCUGAUUUCUCUAUUUAUGUAAAGCGAGGGACGUUCACUAAUUUAGCAGUGUCUCGUAUCGACCGUUGCUUGAUUUCUAUUUGGUCACCUUUUAAUUCUGGCGUCCUGAUCCAGUUCAGCUCUUUUAGAUGUAAUUUAUGUAUCGCAAGUCCAAAGUUUGUACAUUUCUGUCUGUAGGCGUAAUCUCAUUCUUAUCAUUCUCAGUGAGUAUUUUAUCCUCUCAGAUACUUAUUCCUUUAGUUUGAUUUCAUCCAGCUAUUUUACAAGUAUUUGUGUGAUUUUAUCCUAACCUGCUCUUCUCUGAACUGAUCUCCCCUGUUGAUUGUGAGAAAGUGGCCCGAAUCGAUGGCGUUGCGUGAAUAUCGGGGUUGGUACGUGUUUUAUAUCCUCUGAUACCAAAAUCAAACCCUUGGAUAAGCCAUAAUUUGUAAUAAUGAUGAGGGCUAUUUUGAAUACAUCUUUCUACAGAUGUGAUCUUGAUGCCAGCUUUUUCUAGCAUCUCUUUGGCUUAAAGUCAUUGUUUAUCCAUUCCCUGGUGCUGUUAGGUGUGUGUGUGUGUGUGUGUGUGUGAGAGAGAGCGUGUGAGUGUGUGUGUGUGUGUGUGCGUGCGUGUGUUUCUUCUCAGAUGGACCAAUCCUACGGUGGCCUGUCAGCUCAAUCCCUGUCUGUAUCGUAACACUGUAACAAAGCCUUAUAUUUCUAGCCCAGUCCUGUUGUUUUCAAUGAUCUUUUUGAUAUCGUAUGUUAUCAGCCUUUAUGUAGGAACUGAAUUGUCGUUUUUGGAUGAUAUCAGAAGCACAGGCUGGAAUCAUAUCCCAGUCUUUCUUUUUUUUUGUUUUUGUAAUUUUACAUUCUCUAGUCACUCAUGUACAAUUUAAGUCAUGUUACUAUCUUUUUAUUGUCCUUUAUUUAAAUAAAUCUUCUGGUCCUGUAAUAGAAAUAAUGUACAGUCUAAGUACUUAUGAACUAUUUUUAUCACAGUAUUAUUUAUUGCUUUCAUUUCAAUAAAAUACUGAAACUUAUUUUCCACUGCCAAUAAAAAUAAGUCUUUAUGAACA